CCUCUUUUCAAUUCAGGCAGUGAGAGGCAGUCUCCUAGCAGCCUCCUCUCCCCAUUGUGGCAUUCAGAGCUGUUAUCUGUACUAGGAGGGAGAGACCAUCCCUUGGAUGUAGCUUCAUUCCCAGAAGAAUAGAAUUUACGUUCUUUCUCAACAAUGGACUGUGCCACCCUCUGCUGCGUGUCCAUAGAUGAGCUAGUAUAAAAAAGAGAGCGAGAGUCUGCAUGAGCCUAGUGCUCAACCUCUCCUGGGCUCCUCCGGCAGAGGGGUUGCUGAGCUCUGACAGGCUCCUAGUCUAAAACUGUAGUCUCUGGGCAGUUUGCACCGGGAAUUGAAUUAAAGCACAUCGUUCCUCAGUGAAUAGUCAUGAGCUGUUCCCGGUUAAACAACAGAGCUGAGAGCCACUUCCAAGCCCAAGAGGAGCAUGAGCUUGAAGCCGUGGGGAAGAAAGCCUGGGACAAUCCGGUUUACAAUGGGUCCCCCUCUAGCUCCCUGAAGAUCCGAGCCAUCUACAACCCCAAGGCCAUCCUGGAGAACCCCUAUGAGAAUAUUGAUAAGGUGGGCGACUCCCUUUCCUACCCAGAGGAAAGAAAUAAGUCUGAGGAGGUAAAGAAGAGCUCUAUCCCCAGAUGCUGCUUGUAUGUCUUCAGAGGAAUCCGAGGGCUUUGGGGUACAACCUUGACUGAAAAUACAGCUGAAAACAGAGAACUUUAUGUAAAGACCACCCUGCGAGAGUUGUUGGUUUAUAUUGUGUUCCUGGUGGACAUCUGUCUAUUGACAUAUGGAAUGACGAGUUCAAAUGCCUAUUAUUACACCAAGGUCAUGUCUGAGCUCUUUCUGCAGACGUCAUCAAGCAGUGGAGUCUCUUUUCAGUCCAUCAGUAGCAUGACUGACUUCUGGGUGUAUGGCCAAGGCCCACUACUGGAUAGUCUUUAUUGGACCAAAUGGUACAAUAAUGAGUCACUAAAAACCCACCAUACCCAGUCCUACAUCUACUAUGAGAAUUUGCUGCUUGGUGUCCCACGUUUGCGUCAGCUGAAAGUGAAGAACAACUCAUGUGUUGUUCAUGAUGACUUUAAAGAGGAAAUUUCAGGAUGUUAUGAUGUGUACUCUGAGGACAAGGAAGAAAGGGUCUCCUUUGGACUUCUCAAUGGAACUGCGUGGAGGUACCAUACCGAGGAAGAAUUGGGAGGUUCCUCUCACUGGGGUAGAAUAACCAGCUAUAGUGGUGGAGGAUACUAUAUAGACCUCAAGCUGACCCGAGAGGAGACUGCUGAAGCCUUGCAACUCUUAAAGGAGAACUUGUGGCUGGACCGAGGGACCCGAGUAGUCUUCAUUGAUUUCUCAGUAUAUAAUGCAAACAUCAACCUCUUCUGUGUGCUGAGGUUAGUGGUUGAAUUCCCAGCCACUGGUGGUGCCAUCCCCUCCUGGCAAAUCCGUACAGUCAAGCUUAUCCGAUAUGUCAGCACUUGGGACUUCUUCAUUGUCGCCUGUGAGGUUGUCUUCUGCAUCUUCAUCUUCUACUAUGUAGUGGAAGAGAUUCUAGAACUGCGGAUCCACAAGCUCCAGUAUUUCACCAGUAUAUGGAACAUCCUGGAUGUGGUGGUCAUACUGCUUUCCAUUGUUGCCAUUGGGUUCCAUAUCUUUCGCACCAUUGAGGUGAACCGGCUGAUGGGAGAGCUGCUGAAGAACCCUGACAUCUAUGCAGACUUUGAGUUCCUGGCUUUUUGGCAGACCCAGUACAACAACAUGAAUGCGGUCAACUUAUUCUUCGCCUGGAUUAAGAUAUUCAAGUACAUUAGCUUUAACAAAACGAUGACCCAGCUUUCCUCCACACUGGCCCGCUGUGCCAAGGAUAUCCUGGGCUUUGCCAUCAUGUUCUUUAUUGUGUUCUUUGCCUAUGCACAGCUGGGCUACCUGCUCUUUGGGACCCAAGUGGAGAACUUUAGCACCUUUGUUAAAUGCAUCUUUACCCAGUUUCGAAUCAUUCUUGGUGACUUUGACUACAAUGCCAUUGACAAUGCCAACAGAGUCCUGGGACCUGUUUACUUUGUUACCUACGUGUUCUUUGUUUUCUUUGUGCUGCUGAACAUGUUCCUGGCCAUCAUCAAUGACACCUACUCUGAAGUCAAAGAGGAGCUCUCAAACCAGAAAAAUGAGUUGCAGAUCUCGGACAUCUUGAAACAGGGCUAUAACAAGACACUGAUGAGGCUGAAGUUGAAGAAAGAGCGUAUUUCUGAUGUGCAGAAAGCUCUACAGAAUGGAACGAAGGAACUAGAGUUUGAGGAUUUUAAGAAUAGCUUGAAAGAGCUGGGUCACGCCGAACAUGAGAUCACAGCAGCUUUUUCCAGAUUUGACAAGGAUGGCAACCAGAUCCUUGAUGAAGAAGAGCAGAAGCGAAUGAGGCGGGACUUAGAGGAGAAAAGGGUUGCUUUGAAUACAGAGAUUGAAAACUUGGGGAAAUCCUAUGGGGGAAACAACUUGGAUGAGAACCUCACUGUUGCAGAGGCAAAGAAUAAUCACACCAACAAGUCCAACUGGGUCUCUGAGGAGGAAUUCCAAAUGUGCGUCAUUGCUGAUAGUAGUCUGGAGUCACUAAUAAAGCCAUUCCUGGUGUCCACCCCCUUGUUGCUCUGGUUGAAAGCAAAUUUGACUCACCACUGUGAUCUGUCCCUUCCAGAUCCUUCCUCAUGAGUGCAUAAAGGGACAAGGCAGUAUAGAGGCAGGCCCCUUUUACCACAUAUUUUACUUUUUCUUGAAAAGACUGUCUGGGAAAUUAUAAAUUGUGCAUCUGGCAUCAUCUCUCUUCAGCUGUCUCUUCUGGUAAUGCAGCCUGCUCCAGAUCAGGUCAAAGGUUGAAAUGGGCACACAAGGCCACUGGAAGCGGGCACGUUGCAGAA